GGGGGGGGGGCCCUUCACUUCCUGUCUCAUAGCCACAACAGUAAGUGAGAGAAAAUCCCUCUGUAAGAGAAUCCCUCACCGUCACCAGAAAUAGUGUCCCUUUUGGAAUAUUUACCCUCUAGGCCUGUUCUGGUGAUAAUUCAGAUUUUUGAAUUUCUAUUUCAUCUCUCUAGGCAGGGGCAGACUUACAACUCAUGGGGCCCACGGGCAAUAUGAGGAUCAUGGGCCCCUGUGUCCUUGCCCAAACGCAAAAUAUGAAAAAAGGUACCAGGGGCAUCUCAUGGGGCCCCCUACUGACCCCGGGCCCUCGGGCAGUGCCCGAGUUUCCAAACGGUCAGUCCGCCCCU